AUGGUGUGUUUCGUUCAUGAUCACCAUUUUCGUUCUAAAUUUCAUGCUGCUAUCAAUCAAUUACGAAAGACAAAUGAAUUUUCUAUCUUAACAUUACGACAACUCCCAAAACAAUGUUGUUCAUGUCCUGAGAAAAGAAAUAAUGUGAUAUCGGCAGCAGCAACAGAAUCAGUUUUAACAUCAAUGGAUAUUAAUGAAUUACGACUUAUUUGUCUUCAACUUGAUUUAAAACAAUAUGUUAUUACUAAUGUCUUAUCAUCAUCAUCGAAAAUUCUUCAUUAUACAGUUUUAUCUUUUCCUACUGUGCUCAAUAAAAAAAUUGCAACUACCAUAUCAAAUCAGUUUAUUCUUCAGCAAGACAAAGAACACCUUGCUUUAGAAAAACUUCACCAUGUUGCUCUUCAAUUCAUAACAUCGAACACAUCGAAGGAGUUACUAGAUGAAGUUGUUCAAAUAAAAUAUAAUUUAGUAGCUAAAUGUUCAAAUUUCUUCGAAGCACUCCAAGCCAUUCAUGGACUUUGGGUUAUUAUUUCAACAGAAGAUUUAUCCCGUGUUGAUAUUAUCAAACAUGUGCUACAGCAACAGUGGCACCGAUUCAUACAGAACACUUAUAUUCAUCCGACAUAUGAUUUUUAUAAUUGGCGAGUGGAUCUUCCUCGAAAAACAAACAAAAAUAAAUGCUCGAAUCUCAAACAAUCUAGAACUCUACAUCAAACAAAGCUGAAUAAAAGAUUUAAAAAGUCAAGUAUAACAUUAAGACAACAGGAAAUCGUGCAAACAAUAGAAGAUGAAAACGAUCUUGUUGACGACUAUUUACUGGAUGAAAUCUUAAUGACGAACAAUCAACGAUUGAAGUUUCUUUGGAAUCGAUAUGAGAACUCUUGUAAAAGUAAACGGUCACGUACCCAUCGACAACAACAUUUAUUGGCGAUUGCUAUGGUCGCUUAG